AUGACUGAUCGCGCAGGUGGUGUGACAACGAAAGGUGUCCACCUCAUCGGCGACGAUGGACACCUGCUCCCAGAGGAGAGCAUCCAUGACUUCUUGCUUGCUUCACUUGGCAAGGGACAGAAGAGCGAUGUUCUGCAUCGUGUUGGUGUCAACUACCACGUCGUGGCAGUAUUUGGUGGGCAAAGCAGUGGGAAAUCGACGCUGCUGAACUGUCUCUUCCGCACGCAGUUUGAGACGCUCAACGAGACUCAGCGGCGCGGGCAGACGACAAAAGGGGCUUUCAUCGCACGCGCAGCGAUAGAAACCCUACAGGCGGAAGAUGAGCGGCCAGCAGAAGCAGCAGCAGCAGCAGUAGCAGAAGAAGCACCAGAAGCAGCAGAAAAAGAAGUAGAACCGAUGGCCGGCGCAUCGCCGCCACUCUUCGUUGUGGACUUCGAGGGCACCGACGGUAUUGAACACGGUGAGGAUCAGAGCUUUGAGCGAAAACUGUCUCUCUUUGCCCUCAGCGUUGCUGACACGCUCAUCAUUAAUAUGUGGUCCGUAGAUGUGGGCCGCUUCAACGCCGCUAAUAUGAGCCUCCUGCGCACCAUCUUUGAGGUGAACCUGCAGCUGUUCUCGCACGACAGCUACGUGAAGGAGGAGAAGCCAACACUGCUCGUGGUGCUGCGUGACUUCACUGAGGACGACACAACACACUACUUUGAAACUGUAAGAAAGUCGUUCGACAAAAUCUGGAGCAGUAUUGUCAAACCGGAGGCUUUCAAAGAGAGCAGCAUCGAUGCACUCUUUGAGCUGCGCUACCACGUGCUCCCGCACUACAAGCUGCAGCGGGCUGCGUUCGACAAGGCGGCUACGGCCUUUCGCGAUUGGUUUGUCGCGCCGAAGUGUGAUAACUUCUUGUUCCGUCACAUGGGCAUGUUCCGUGGCGUCCCCCUCGACGGUGUGCCAAAGUAUAUGUCGAGCUGCUGGGAGGUUAUCAGUAAGAGCAAGGACCUUGAUAUCCCGACACAGCGUGAGAUGCUGGCGCGACACCGCUGUAUUGACGCAAGAAAAGCAGCAGAAGAUGCUUUUAUGGAGACCUGCAGAGAGUACGGGGAGCGGCUGCAGCAGGGUGAGCUUGUGCCGCAACUCUCGGCGGUGCUGGAACGUGCAAUGGACGACCGGCUGCGUGACUUUCACUCACAAACAAGGUUGUACACUGUCAGUGUCGUUCAAGAGACAUCGGUACAAUUGGAGGAGGAGCUCCUCGCUGCGGAGCUGAAGCUGCUUUGGCAGUACGCACGGACGAUAGCAACUUCAGUGCUUGAAGAGAUGGACACGACGAUUGCCGGUGCCGUUGAUGGGACAGUGCGAUGGCUGCUGCAGGAGGCACAAUCACUGCCGCUUGUUAGUGCGCAAAAAGGAUGUGGAGGUAAGGAUGAGUUUGGCGACAGUAGCAAAGGUAGUUCUGAGACGAGGCGCAAUAACGCUGUGCUUGCUGACAAUGAAAAAUGUAAUGCGCUUGUGCAGCGCUUCUGGGCGAGGCUCUGCCACACACUGCAGACCAAUACAGAGGUUCUCUAUCAACACCACCAUCAGCAGCAAAGUCAACAGCCACCCACAAGGCUUUACGCCCGCUUCGCCGCUUUUGUUGCGAAUGAUGUGGCUAUGAAGGAGGCUGUAGCGCACGCUGUGAUGGACGCAGUUCAGCAGAAGGUAUGCCACCGUUUUUCAUCGAUGGCAGAGAAUGCGUCGGAGACUAUUCAUCAGGCAUUUGAGCAGAGCCUCACUCGUAGACCCGAUGGAACAGUGCGAUUCUUCAACACCACAAAGGGACUGCAGGGAGCUGAACCACAGUCACGUCAAGCUGGCCUUGUCCUGCUUGGUUGUUUGCUGUAUUACCGCCUGAAACUCGUGAUAGGUGAGGAAAAGGGAAAUGAGACGAUCAGUAGCGAUGACUCCGGACGCGCAACCGCAAAACUGCUUUGCGAGCGCCGCAGGUUGCAUGUCCGCGACAAUAGUGCCGAGCAGAAGUUUUUCCUUUUUUAUUCAAGAAUUUCCGAUCCUCCACUCUAUCCUACGGGAGUGCCGGUGGUGACGGCCGAUUCUGGGGUAGUGUCGGACGGCGUUGCGGAUGGGUCGUGUGUGCUGCUCAGUCAGCAGGCGGUGCAGCGCGCAUUUGACCUGUACACGCAGAAGUGUGAGUUUACGAUGCAGCUGCAGCUCCGCACCAUUGAGAGCGGGAAACAAAGACUACCGGCGUGGGUGUUGCCGGUGAUGUUGCUGCUGGGGUGGAACGAGUUGUACUAUGUCCUCACAUCUCCGCUGCUGCUGAUGAUCCUCAUUGCUGUGGUGAUGGUGUUCUUCAGGCAUGUCAUCCUCUCGCAGUGGGAGGUGUUUGAAGAGACAGGUCCGGCUUGGCUCGUGGUGGCUGUUCGCACUGUCGUUCAGCAGCUGCGGGGUGCGUACGAGACGAUGAUGCCGCCAGAGCUGAACAAUCGAGACGGUGCCUCUGUGCGACACCGUGACCCGACCGACAUGAACGAUGUCACUCCUACUAUGACUACCUCCGCUGAUUCUGCUCCUGAAAUGCCACAUUCUUCUCUCACGCGACGCGUGAAUAAGGAGCAGACGAGUGGGGGAUAUUGA